AUGGACCUUGACUGUGGUAGGAGGAGAGCAGGGACGGGGACUGCGGUGAUAAACAAACACACGCAGUGGAGUCGUUAGUAUCUUGUCGGGCUCUGUUGCGGCGCUUUGGCAGCACCGGCUGACUUUCAGGGAAGCUGACCUUCACAGACGGAGCUGUAAAGUCAAAACCGGGUUAAAAAAAAAAUCCAGGAUUUUAUCCCCCUCUCUCCUUCCCUCUCUCCUUCCCUCGGACUCGGCUUAUGUGACACAUUAACGUCCCAGCAGCGAAACGAGCGAAACAUGACGGAGCUGAGGAAGCGAGGCGGAGGCGGAGAUCCUGACAGCACCGACAAUAUCAGCGACAAGGAGGCUGAUGGCGAUGACAGGUUGGGCCUGCAAGGUGACGCAGAAGGAGAAUGUGACGGUGACUCCAAAGCAGACACUCCAGAUGUUCCUCUCUCCACAGCAGACACCGACAACACUCCACAAUACCUGAACAAAGCUCUGGAGGGCCUGCCACCCAGAUGGAAGAACUACUGGAUACGAGGGGUUCUGUCUUUAGCCAUGAUUUCAGGCUUUUUCCUCAUCAUCUAUAUGGGACCUGUCACUCUUAUAUUAGUGGUCAUGACUGUCCAAAUCAAGUGUUUCCAAGAAAUCAUCACCAUCGGCUACAGAGUGUACCAUUCCUAUGAACUGCCUUGGUUCAGGACACUAAGCUGGUACUUCCUGAUUUGCGUCAACUACUUCUUCUAUGGGGAAACUGUCGCGGAUUACUUUGGUGCCCUGGUGCAGAGGGAGGAACCUCUGCAGUUCCUGGCUCGCUAUCACCGCUUCAUCUCCUUCGCCUUGUACCUCGCAGGUUUCUGCAUGUUUGUGCUGAGUUUAGUGAAGAAACAUUACCGCCUGCAGUUUUACAUGUUUGCUUGGACCCAUGUGACCCUGUUGAUUGUGGUAACUCAGUCCCACCUUGUCAUUCAGAACCUGUUUGAAGGGAUGAUCUGGUUCAUUGUCCCGAUCUCCAUUGUGAUCUGUAACGACAUUAUGGCCUAUCUGUUUGGAUUCUUUUUUGGGAGGACCCCACUGAUCAAGCUCUCCCCUAAGAAGACUUGGGAGGGGUUCAUUGGUGGUUUCUUCUCCACUGUGGUCUUCGGCUUCAUCCUGGCCUACCUCCUGUCUCGGUUCCAGUACUUUGUGUGUCCCGUGGGCUUCAACAGUGAGACCAAUGGGUUUACAGUUGAAUGUGAGCCUUCUGAUAUCUUUGUGAUGCAGGAGUACACUCUUCCCGCUGUGGUACAGAACACACUGAGAUGGAAAACGGUUAACCUGUACCCCUUCCAGAUCCACAGUAUCUUCCUCUCGUCCUUCGCGUCUCUCAUCGGGCCUUUUGGUGGUUUCUUUGCCAGCGGCUUCAAGCGAGCUUUCAAAAUCAAAGACUUCGCCAACACCAUCCCCGGCCACGGUGGCAUCAUGGAUCGAUUUGACUGUCAGUACCUGAUGGCCACCUUCACACAUGUCUAUAUAGCCAGCUUCAUCAGGGGACCGAACCCGAGCAAGGUGCUACAACAGCUGUUGAUGCUUCAGCCCGAACAGCAGCUCAGCAUUUUCCACACUCUGCACUCCCACCUGAGAGAGAGGGACAUGCUGCCCCCCGCUGCUGCCCAGGCUGAAUGAAAAACCUGCUGGCUUUACAGGGUGAUGACUGGAGAAUGUGUAUGACCGUUUGGAAAGUUUGUGUAAGCAUGUACACACACAGGCACACAUGCUCCUAAGUAUGGCUUUAUGGUGUGUGAUCCCAGGCCACUUGCAGAGUGUCCAUCAUCAUCCUGCCGACUCUUCAUUCGACUUCCAACCAGCUCCAAAUCAUGACUUCUACCCUGAGGUGACUCUCCAAGACUAUGUGGAAUAACCUCAUAGUAAAACAAAAACAGAACAACAACAACAACGACAAAAAAAAAUAAAAAAUACCACCAACAACAACAGCAACAACAACAAAACAAAUAGGUGGUUUCUCUCCACAUGGACUGGCACAUAAACAACAACAUGCUUCAUGAGCAAACAGGCAGUCCCCAUCCUAAAAACUUACAGACUGAAGAUAAAAUGUCUUAUUGAACAAAAUGGACUCUAAAGCACAUGGCUUUCUCAGCGCAGGUGGAUGGUGGAUGGUGGAUGUGCAGUUUCUCUGUGGACAGCAAAGAAUUGCACUGACUUUAGCUGAACAAACGAAAUUUAAGAAGCUUUUACCAGCAUAAACUGGGCCCAAAGUGUUGGCCACGUGGACCUGAGCUACAGCAAAAAGACUGUUGAGAUUUGUCUUUCUGGGGGUUGGGUGUGGGUGAAGCAAUGAUGCAGCAGGGCUGUCAAACAUACUGUAGACACUGUUUUAUAGACUAUGUUGUGUUUAAUAGUCCUAACCUCACAGCAAAACUAAACAUGUAGCAUGUUCGCAAGUCCUGUCUUGGGCUACUGCUAAACUAAGCCAUGUUUGUUCUCCUCUUCCACAGUGUGAACUUUUAGCUUUUAGUUUUUCUGUCUAAAUUUAAACUACUUGCACAAAUAAAGUCAACAGAGAUUGACUGUAAGCAUGCUAACGCAGAAACUAGAGCAUCAGCACUCAAGUUAUUGUAUUGUACAUAAAUAUAUUGAAAAUAUUUAGCUGAACAAAUAUCUAUCACAUACUAUAACUACUCUUGUGACCUACUGGGGGAAAGAAAAAACACUUCUAUGAAAUGAUAUGCAAAAAAAGAUUUAAUUCAUUUGUAGCCUUUAGCAUGAACAAAUUAGAUUUUUAACAGGUAGGGAUGUAGAUUUGUUCUGAGGUUGCUGCUUUCAAGGGUCUGCUGGGUGACCCUUCAUUAGAGAUUGUAAAAAUAAAUAAAGGAAUAGUUUGACCUUUGGAAAAUAUGUUUAUUCUUGCCAGGAAUCGCAUAAUAUCAAUAUCAAUACCACUCUCAUGUUUGUGCAUUAAGUAUGGAGUCUCACCAAAUGCGAACGAGCAAUUUGUGCACACACUGAAGACCAGCACGUAAUUCUACAAAGCAGCUUGGUUGCUACAUACUACAUUGGAAAGUAAAUAAUCACAGUUUUGAGUUUCUAACCUGGUCUCCUAUCUGGCUUUUGUUGAAGAAUCCCAGAUGCUCAAUGUGGUUAGCUGAUGUGGGUCAAAACUCUGGCUGCAAAAUGCAGUGGAAAGUCAGCGUAGUGUCCAGCAGUGGUUCAUACAGUUGAUCUCCAUUUUGGAAAUAAGGACCCUUCUUUUGGUGUGAAGGCUCUGCAAGGUUCCCAGCAACUAGUGGAGAUGUCGCACUUAUUCGGUGGAUUAACUGUUGUUGUAUGAAAUAACAUGUCCAAAACCGCAAGUACUAUUUGUAUUUUUUUGUACGUCUCUGUUUGUGUAGAGAUUGAACAAAUGAGAUCCAUGUUCAUUUGUGAAUUUAAGAGGAAUAACUUUGAAGAAUGGCAGUCAAGCUGUUUCCACCAGCUUCCAGACUUUAUGCUAAACUAGGCUAAUCCUCCAUAUUUUACGCACAUAUUUGAGUGGGAUAGUGAUCUUGUUAAAGAAAGUGAAUAAGCAUAUUUUCAAAAUGGUGACCCAUUCCUUGGAAAAAAACAAAAAAAAAACUCUCUUCCGUUAUCAAUUAAAGCAAUGAUUUUAGUUGCACUGUAGCUGUGGGGGUGGAGGCUGUAGAUGCAUCAGACCACUCCGAAGGUCCCCACAUUAUCUGACUCAAUGUUUAUUUAACUGUUUAAAAGAAUCUUGCUAUUUCUUCACUGUUAAAUUAUUACGUUUUGAAUGUAGUUUGCAAUAUAGAAUGUUACCAGUGAUAACAAUUGAUUUGAGUACAUUUGGAGCUUAUAUACUGUACGGUAUGUGUGUGUAUAUACAGUACUGUAUUAACACAUAUCUUUAGGUAUAUAAAAAUCUGAUACUCUGGGCAGUGGUUUUAUUAGCAAUAUUUCAUCUUAUGCAAGUUGCAGUUAGACUCCUUAGACGAAGGGUUGGAUAAUUCAAUACUGCAGGAAAUCUGUGGCAUUUACUUACUAAUCACACGUUCACCAGUGUGAUAAAUGAGACAAAGCAUAAGCAUGUUAUCAGGCUACGGUUGCAGCCGAUGAGAUUCUCUGAUUGAAUCCAGAUGUUUUCAGAGAGGAAUGUUUACCAAAGCACUGUCCAAUUAACACUGAUUUCUUUCUGUUAUUGGAAAAGCUUCAGGGCCCAGGUCCAAACAAACGUCUCCUUUUUAUUCCGACAUUGUCUCUUCUGGAAAAUGUAGAAAAUCAGGAGAGAGUUUGGAACUGGGCUGCAGACUGGAGGGCUAACAUUUACAUCUGUGGCCUGUGCAAUGUGUGUCACUGUUUUCUGUUCACUUUUUUCAGUUGUUGGGCGACAAAUUGACCUGUCCAGCAUGUUCUGUUUUCUUCAUAAAAGUGCAUUUUAGUGCGUUUUCCCCAUUUGAAGGGGAUGGGGAUGGGGGUGCUGGGUGGACUUUUGGGACCAGCUGUAUCGUACUGUAUAAACCCUCUCUCUGGUCAAUCAACACUACUGCUUUACAGGCUUCUCUGUAUUCAACUUUCACUGUCCAACUUAUGUACUGAACACAAUGAAGCAAAGCAUGUUGACAUCUGGGCAGUGUUCAGACUAAAGCAAUCUGACCAAAAUCAACACAGACAGCAGAUGGUCUUAUUAAGAUUCAUAUUUAGAUUCUCUUAUUAAAAGCUGUUUUACAUGGAGUCUGGUGUGUGCCACUGGAAUGAUUCAAAAAAGGAGAAUAUCUGAAAAAAUUGUGAAAAGCACAAAGACUCAAAGAAUUAUUUGAUUGUUAAAAUGGUUCCUGAUGAAUUUUCUAUCAGUUGACUGUGUCAGCUUUUGUUAGAAGAUACACAUGCAAAGAGAGUAAUGAAAGUAAAAAGUAUUCUACAAAACCAUUUAAAAUAUUAUUGUCUCACAGGACAAAAAGCAGGUUGAACUAUUAAUUGGUAGAAAAAUAGUUUUUAUCAGCACCAUCACUCAAGUAGAACUCCUUUUGUACAGUGUCCAAUUUUACAAGCGUUACAAUUAGUGUCAUCAAAGUGUAUUAUUCCGCUGGAACACUCAGACUCCACAGUUUCACAGUUGUAGUUCAAACUUGAACUGCACUGUUGUGUGGACUAAUUUAUUUAAUAUAUAUAUAUAUAUAAGUUAUGAAGGUGAAACACAUCACAGUAGGAAGGAAAUAGCUAGUUUGAGUAGCCCAAAUGUCAGGUAAUGAUGCACUGCAGAUGUUUGGUUGCUUGUCUUUUUAAUUUAUCAGUUUGUGUAUAUUUUGUGUGAUUUGAGCAGAAAUGUUUUUUUAAUGGAAAUCUAUAGCUUUUGGAGUGGAUAAGAUUUGAAAAUUAUACAGAGGAAGAAUGCUGUUAAUAUAGGGGCAAUACAAAGUAAUGUAUAAACCACAUAUUGAUAUCUUGUUAGGGAUAUUGUGGAGCCGUUUACUAUAUGAAGGUGAAUAAAGGUUUUUUGGGUUUUUUUUCUUUAAAAUGUCGGGUUGAUUGUGUUCAAUGUGCCUUUGGUAAUGACAAGACAGAGAAUUGACUUUCACAUUAAAGGAGCAACUUCAGAUUUAUUCACAAAACAAAGCUUCAUACUUAAAAAAAACCUUUUGCACAGUGUUAAAAAGCAAAUGUAGUGUUUACACGUAUGUAGCUAUUACAAACAGACCACACCUAAGCAUUGAGAUCUGUCAAUGGGAAUAUUUGGAGAGGUACUCCUCUGGUCUCACAAAUAAGCAGCCACCGUAUUGGAAGAACGACAACAAGAAAAACAGAAAAGAAAAGAAAAAACUGGCAGAUUUGAGUGUUGAGACUUAAAAGUAUUAAGUUAAAUGUCUCCAUGAUUUCAGAUACUUAGAUCUGGAUGCUACUGCGCAAGUCACCUAACAAGAUAAACAAAACAAAUAUGAAAUGAAAAAUGUCCAACCAAUCACAAGCUUUUCACAAGCUCAUUAAAGUCUUAGAUUUGAGUUCCCUUUGAGUCCGUAUCUCACACACACACACACACACACACACACACACACACACACACAGUACAUCAUAGCAGAGCACAUCAUCAUUACAUUGACCAAAAUGGCUUCAGUACCUCAGGACUAUUUAACAGAAACAACAGCGACCCCUUCUGGACAAAUGUACUACACCUGACAAACCUUGUCAUAAAAACAGAACAACAGUUUCCUUGUUUAAAUAAGUUGGUUUGUUCUAAUGUUAAUAUAAUAACAUUGGGUUGACAUUACUUUUUUUUUAACAUACUUUUUUAGAAAACCUAAAAUCAUUGUCACUGAAACUAAAAACAUCAAACAGCUAUGCACAAUCAGGUCUUUUUCUACUUUAAAACAUACCGCUUGUAAGUGCACUGCCUUCAUACGAAAAGAUAACAGCAUUGGGACAUAUUUGAAAAAGUGAUAUUACAUUCCAGUGGGCAUUACACACAAAUAUCUCAUUCUAAAUAUUUCAAAAGAGUGCAAUUUGAAAUUGUAUGGCCAUACCCGUUCAGUAAAAUGUUUAAAGUGCAGAAAACUACAGACUUAAACCCAUGCCUGUUCACUGACAGGUCAACUCCAACAUUUAUUUUGGGGGACAACUCUAAGAAAACCAAACCUCCUCUUUGUACACAGUAUUAUUUAGGAAUACUUCAGCCACCAGCUCUCAUGCAUGAAUUUCUACAGCUGUCUCAAUUGUUUGCUUAAAAAAAUCAGAGUAAAAACUAAUUAAAAUUGAGGCAGAAUAAUUAAAGCAGUUAGAUGGACUGUUCAUCUUACUGAACUUGGCACAGAAACUAUAAUUAUGAAAUCCUGCUCUGUCUGUUCAGCUGAACCUUUUCAGGGUGUGGUGGAUACUUGGCUAAGAAAUCAGCUAGCUCAAACGAUUUCAAGACAUCCCUAAAAAACAAAAUUAGCCACUAUGUUACACUUUUUGCUAUUUUGGGUCACGUGAGCAAUAAAACAAAGUGAGAAAUCCUUUUCUGGCUGACCGAAGAUGAUUGAUGGUUAUUCACCAAUCAAAACUAGCAUGAGUUUAUUUUUCAAGUUAUCAUGAAAAAAAAGAAA